GCCAUCCUUGCGUAUCUGGCGACAUGCAUACCAUAUAUUACCGCUCAUCAUUACUCUGGCAUCCUACUCUCUUUUCUUCUUACCACUCGCACUAUCCUUAGUCGACUCCCUAAGCACCUCUCGACGUCUCCUGUAGCACAUCAGACGAAUCAUGACUGUAUCAGUACCCGCCACACACACUGACGGGAACGGUGUCUCUCACCCAUUCAAGAGGCAUGAACAUGGUUUCGGCACUCGAGCCAUCCAUGUAGGCUCCGAGGCUAACGCAGAGACCGGCGCCGUCAUCCCCCCGAUCUCGCUCAGCACGACGUACAAGCAGGAUAGCGUUGGCGUCCACAAGGGUUUCGAGUACUCCCGCUCGGGCAACCCCAACCGCGAUGCUCUGGAAUCGACGCUCGCUUCAAUCGAGGUGGGCGGAGCAUACGCGCUGGCGUUCUCAUCCGGUUCUGCAACCACCGCCACCGUUCUUCAGUCGCUCGGCCCGAACGCCCACGUCCUUAGCGUUAACGACGUCUACGGAGGCACUUUCCGUUAUCUCAAGCGGGUCGCAUCGGAAACGCAGGGACUGGAGACGACGUUCUUGGAUCUAGAGAAGGCGAGCGAUGACGAGAUUCUCGCGGAGAUUCGGCCAAAUACAAAGCUGAUCUGGAUAGAAUCACCCACAAACCCUACCCUCCGCCUCGUCGAUGUCCCUCGGAUUGUCUCCCUCGCCCGCUCGCACCCCUCGUCACCCCUUGUGCUCAUCGACAACACCUUCAUGUCCCCCUUCUAUGCCUCCCCCCUCCUCCAGGGCGCUGACAUCGUCGUGCACAGCCUGACAAAGUACAUCAACGGCCACUCGGAUGUCGUCAUGGGUGCCGCAAUCCUCCCACCCCAUCACUCUGAGCUCGUUGAGAAGCUCCGCUUCCUGCAGAACGCACACGGCGCAAUCCCGAGCCCGUACGACUGCUGGCUUGCCCAGCGCGGUGCUAAGACGCUUCACCUCCGCAUGAAACAGCACGGCGUGAACGCCCUUGCGGUCGCCAAGGCCCUGGCAAGGAACCCGCAUGUCGAGGAAGUAAUCUACCCCGGGCUCGCGAGCAGCCCACGGCACGCGCUCGCGCGCAAGACGCUCUCUCCGCACGCGCGCAAGUUCGUCGACUCACUCCCUUCCUCCGUCGCGUCCACCCCGUCCUCGUCGUCCACGGACCUCAGCUCGGAGGAAGGCGGCUUCCCCUUCGGCGGCAUGGUCUCUUUCCGCAUCCGCGGCGGGUUCGCGGAGGCGAACAAGUUCUUGAGCACCACGCGGCUCUUCACGCUCGCUGAGUCGCUUGGUGGCGUCGAGUCUCUCGCGGAGCACCCCGCGCGCAUGACGCACGGGAGCAUUCCGCCGGCUGAGCGCGCACUUCUUGGCAUCGGGGACAACCUCAUCCGGUUGAGCGUCGGCGUCGAGGAGACGGAGGACCUCGUGCAUGACGUCGAGCAGGCGCUCGAGAUCGCCGUCAAGGGUGGCAAGACGGCGUAGGUUUGGGUUUAGAGCUGAUGGAUAGAGAUGCCGUCGGACUAUGGUGAUAGACACGGACCACUUGAUGGGUAGGUUUUUGUGGAGGCAUUUCUCAAGCGUUUCUUGUACUUGUUAGUGUAAUGUGGACCUAGGGAAGGGCUGCGCUGUGAUCCAUGGAUAGCCGCCCUGAACAUAAUUUUAUACCUCUUGCGUUUGCA